CAAUUCUGGAGCUUGCCCCAAGUGGUAAAAAUUUCACGGCUGCCCUGCUUCAGGCCUGACGUAUUGUCAGAGGGAACCUCAUCGUUGGCGGCACGGCCGCCAUCCUCCGCCUGGGAACUCUCCGUUUGCAUCUCACUGUAUCGGGGCCGCGUUGCACCGCCAUGGCUGGCAAGAAGAAGACGAAGAAACCGGCUGCGAACCCUGCGCGCGGGUUUGCGACCACGUCUAUCGCGUCCAAAGCUCGAGUCGACCCCGCUGAAGCUUCGGGCGAUAGCACCCCGGCCAGCAAGGCGAACAAGGCCGCCCCGCCGACAAAUGAUGCCCCGCCAACCGCACCCAGAAACACCAGCACCGAGACCGGGGGGAAGGCACAGGAGAAGCAGCUGAGCCCCGAAGAGUUUGAGCGGCAGUUGGAGGAGUCGGAAUUGCAGCUUCUUGUGGAUAAGUACGCACAGAAAGUGCGGAAAGAUGCGCAGCGGCAGAAGACGCGCCUCGAGACAGACCGUCGACUGCUCCGUGGCUCUGCGGAGCCGAUCAGCGCGAAGAAAUGGCUGCCGCAGGAGCUCAUGGAUCACAUCCUGGACCUUAUUCAAGCAGAGGGUCGGUUUGCAGCCUCGAGUGUCUCAUCUGAGGGCGCAGCUAGUAGACUACCGCCUGAAGAGGACUUGAUCAUCCGACUUUGGACCCUACAGGAGACGUUGCAGAUCUUGGGCUUCCCAGAGCAGAGGAUACAGCCGGCGCUUCAGUUCGUCUUGGAUAUUGCGCCCAACAUCCCUUACAAUUCCAGGAGCGAAUCCAUCUGGGGGUUAGAAGAGGUGCUGGACUGGUUUGCGAGAGAAUGCUCCAAGGAGGAGCUUCCGGACUACUCUGGGCGUAAGACAGGUGCCAAGUCGCAAGCAGAUACUCCAGUAGACUCACCCUCGAGGCCAGGAACGCCUUUUGAGAUCGAUCCCCGGCCUGGGAAGAAGGGGAAAAACGGCGCAGCCAACCGGUCUCGCCAGCCUUCUCCGAAACACCGGACAGUAACAUAUGACGAAGAUAUUGAGCCCGACCAAUUGCUCCCGUUCUAUCUCGAAGCUAAGACGCAGCUAUUUGCCAUCCAGCGGCCCAGGCAAGACGCAGCCAAGCGCAAGGGAACGAAGGACAAGCCAGAUAGCCAGACCGAUCCGGAAGAGGCGCUGCUGCUGGCGAAGAUAGAUCGUGUGGAGAGGGACGUUUUGUUCGACAAGCGCGUGGCCGAGGAGCAAUGGAGAAACAAAAAGAUCGCGCUGGAGAAGGAGUAUGCGGCCGCCAAAGCUGAGCAGAAGAAGAAGGAGACACCCGAAGAGGAACCAGCACCAGAUGAUUCGAACGAUGUCAAUGCGGAAGCCGAGCGAAUUGCGGCUGAGAUACUGGCUGAGGAGUCUGACGAUCAGGCGCUCUCCGACUUGUUCGCGACCCUCCCAGUUAGCGAGGUUGAUCCUGUGACAGGGAAGGCAAGCACUGUGAUGAAUGGGGCAGACGGGUCGAAGAUCACCAUCCGGGACUUUGGGAAAUGGACCGGCGUGACCCCGAUGCGGGCUCUAGAAGAAGCCUGCCGAGCAAGGGACUCGUCCGUGAGGAUCUCGUAUCAUCUUCUGUCCGACGUUGCUUUUGCGAACCGGCAUGCUGUCAACGUUGUUUGGUCAAAACCGCAAGAGAUCCCUCCUGACCCCGAGAUUCCAGAGCUUGAAGUCUUUACAACUCCUACCCAAUUCGUGUAUAAGAUGAUAUCGGUCGCCACUCCUGACAAAAAACAGUCAGAGGCUUUCAUCGCGACAGCCGCUCUCUUCUGCAUUUUCGGGUCUUCGUCAAAGGAGGAGAAGGUUGCGCUGCGGCUGCCGGCUACUUGGAAGGACUUGUGGUCCGAGUACGCGGAGGCAAAUAAGAGCAGAGCAGACGAAGCGGACCGCAACCUGGUCAGGCACAUUCGAGACCUUGUGCGCAAGAGGGUAGAGCAGGAGCUGGAAGACGGUGUGCUCAUUCAGGGAUUCAAGGGUCGCGGGCAGUCCAGGAAUCAGGCAGACUCGGACCACUCUGACCAGGAACGGUUGAAGCGGCAGCCGAAUGAUGCCGAGUACUAUCGGAACGUCUGGCUUCAGAAGAGCAGCUCACCCAAGUUCCAGCAGAUGCUGGCGUCGAGGAUGGAGCUGCCCAUGUGGCAGUUCCGCCAACAGGUCGUCGACAUGGUCGAGAGGGAACAGGUGGUCAUCAUCUGCGGCGAGACUGGCUGCGGCAAGAGUACCCAAGUGCCCUCAUUCCUGCUGGAACACCAGCUGCUUCAGGGCAGGCCGUGCAAGAUCUACUGCACGGAACCGCGGCGUAUUUCUGCCAUCUCCUUGGCACGCCGUGUCAGCGAGGAGCUCGGCGAGGGCAAGGGCGAUCUCGGUACUAACCGGUCGCUUGUUGGUUAUUCGAUCCGGCUCGAGUCGAACACGGCGAGGGAAACCCGCCUUGUUUACGCUACGACCGGUAUCGUCAUGCGCAUGUUGGAGGGAUCCAACGACCUGCAGGACAUUACGCAUUUGGUGCUCGACGAGGUGCAUGAGCGCUCCAUCGACAGCGACUUUCUCCUCAUCGUGCUGAAGAAGUUGCUGUUGCGGAGGAAAGACCUGAAAGUGGUGCUCAUGUCCGCUACGGUGGAUGCCGAGCGGUUCUCCAAGUAUCUUGGCGGCGCUCCUGUCUUAACGGUCCCGGGGCGGACGUUCCCCGUCCGCGUUCAGUUCCUCGAGGACGCAGUUGAACUGACCGGGUACACCGUGGACCAGCGGAGCCAGGAGAAGCUAACAGAGCUGGACGACGACGUGGAGCCAGAAGUUGACACCUCGUCCAAGCCCGAGCUGCUCAGAGGGCUGAAGUCAUACUCCUCCCGCACCCGAAAUACGCUUGCUCAGAUGGAUGAGUAUCGGAUCGAGUACGAUUUGAUCGUCCAACUGAUCUCGAGGAUUGCCGUUGACCCAGAAUAUGCUCCGUACAGCAAGGCAAUCCUGGUUUUCCUGCCCGGUAUUGCCGAGAUUCGCACGCUCAACGACAUGCUCUUGGGAGAUCGGGCAUUUGCCAGCAACUGGCUCGUGUAUCCGAUGCAUUCCUCCAUCGCCAGCGAGGAACAGGAGGCGGCCUUCCUUGUCCCGCCGCCGGGGAUGCGCAAGAUCGUGCUGGCUACCAACAUUGCCGAGACCGGUAUCACCAUUCCGGACGUGACUUGCGUCAUCGACACGGGCAAGCAUCGAGAGAUGCAUUUCGACGAGCGGCGCCAGCUGUCGAGGCUUGUUGAUUCGUUCAUCUCGCGCGCCAACGCGAAGCAGCGUCGUGGCCGUGCCGGCCGUGUCCAGGAAGGUCUCUGUUUCCAUCUGUUCACGAAGUACCGGCAUGACCGCCUGAUGAACGACCAGCAGACGCCCGAGAUGCUACGUCUGUCGCUGCAAGAUCUCGCCAUCCGUGUCAAGAUCUGCAAGAUGGGGGGCAUCGAGGAGACGUUGAGCCAGGCACUCGACCCACCGUCGGCCAAGAACAUCCGCCGGGCCAUCGAUGCCCUGGUUGAUGUUCGCGCCUUGACGCCCACGACCGAGGAGCUCACGCCACUUGGUUUGCAGCUUGCACGCCUACCGCUCGACGUCUUCCUCGGCAAGCUCAUACUGCUUGGCGCCGUGUUCAAGUGCCUCGAUAUGGCCAUCACAGUGGCCGCUAUCCUAUCUUCCAAGAGCCCAUUUGUGGCCCCAUUUGGCCAAAGAAAUCAGGCCGACAGCAUCCGGCGCGGCUUUCGCAAGGGCGACUCGGACCUCCUGACGGUAUAUAACGCCUACACGGCGUGGAAGCGCGUCUGCCAGGCUGCGACGUCUGGCGGCGCCGAGUUCCAGUUCUGUCGCAAAAACUUCCUCUCUCCUCAAACUCUGGCCAACAUCGAAGACCUUAAGGGUCAGCUGCUCGUCGCCGUGGCCGACUCUGGAUUUUUGCAGCUCACGGAUGCCGAGCGUCAGGCCCUCAACAAGCUGCGCUUCAGCGGCCGACGUAGGCACCAAGCGUUCUUUGACAUUCCGAAGCGGGUCGACAGCAACAGCGAUAACGAGGUUGUGGCCCAGUCCGUCAUCGCAUGGAGCUUCUACCCGAAACUGCUCGUUCGCGACCCGGGCAGCAAGGGGCUGCGCAACAUUGGCAACAACCAGUCCAUCAGCCUGCACCCAAGCAGCGUCAACAAGGGCUACAAUGAACUGCGCUGGCUGAGCUACUACAACAUCAUGCAGUCCAAAUCAUUCUACAAUGCCCACGAAACGACGGCAACCGACCCGUUUGCCAUCGCCCUCCUCUGCGGCGAUGUCCGGGCGGACAUGUACGCCGGAGUCUUCGUGCUGGACGGCAACCGCGCCCGCUUCUCGGUGCCGGACUGGAAGACGAUGCUCGUCAUCAAGGUGCUCCGGGCGCGGCUGAGGGAGAUGCUCACGCGGUGCUUCAAGAGUCCCGGCAGGCUGAUCACGGCGCAGCACGAGAGAUGGCUGGAUGUCUGGCAGCGCGUGUUUGCGCUCGCGCAGGAGACGAGAGAGAGAGCGGCGGCGGCGGCGGCUGGGGCGGGAGGAUCAGGAAACAAUGGCGUGGUGUUGGUUGGGGCAGGGGAGCGUUAGGGACGCUUUCGGCUUCAGAACUUGUAAAUGGCGAGGGCCGGUUUGUUGUGCUUGUGGUUGUGGCUGGGAUCAUGGCCGAGCGAGGUGUCGGGAUGUGUGGUCUUGUUCUUGGCUGGCGCUUACACUUGGCACGGACAGCGAGCGGGUUGACCGUGGCCCUGGGGGGACGAGAUGGGAGAGUAGCUGGAAAGUAUGCACGGAUAGGCCAGGCAUGUGAAAUCAUUUGUCGGGGCUCAUCUAGAGGUAGCCUCUAAAAAUACAUACAUACAAGGGCAAGUCAUGGACAAACGCGAGUAGACCCUGACUGCAUUUUAUCUCAUGGAAGUGUUGUUAAUUAUA